AUGUUGUAUCUCGCAACGGCCAGUAUUGCGGGCAGCCUAUCGCUGGCAGCCUCGGUGACCGCGACCUUCGACGGCAAUAUCAACUACGCCAGUCCCUCGCGGCGCCACGCGAGCCUCGGCAUCGACGUCCCACGCGUCGCCCGGCGGAGCAGCCUCAAGCGCGGCGCCGUCGCCUACAUGGCCGAGGAGCUGGACUUCACGCACGGCGUGGCGUCAGGCGACCCCUACUCCGACAGCGUGAUCCUCUGGACGCGGGUCGCGCCCUCGCUGGCGUCCGACGCGAGCAACGUGACUGUCGAGGGGCCCGUGGCGUUGUAUAAUCACGACACGGAGACUUAUAUCAAGGCUGAUCCGAGCCCGAUCUGUGUUGAGUGGGCGGUGUUUCCUAGCAUCGCCGGGAAUGGGACGCGGGAUGUGGUGGCUGGGGGUACGGCUUAUACGACUAGUGAUAUUGAUUACACCGUCAAGGUCGAGGCGGCCGGCUUGCAGCCGUUCACGACGUACAACUACCAGUUCACCAUCUGCGACUCGAACAAGACCAGCCCGCUCGGACGCACCAAGACGGCGCCUCCGGCGGACGUCGACGUUGCGGAGCUGAAGUUUGCCGUCUUUUCUUGCAGCAACUAUCCGAAUGGGUAUUUCAACGCUUAUGGGAAUGCUGCGCGGAAGGACGAGCAUGAUUUCGUUGUCCAUCUGGGAGACUACAUCUAUGAGUCGGCUGCGCAGGGCGAGCGGGCUCACGACCCCCCGAGGUUGCUGUUUAGUCUGUAUGACUACCGGACUCGCCACGGACAGUAUCGUACAGAUCCCGAUCUGCAGCUGGCUUCUCAGCAAUUCGCCUGGAUCGCAACGUGGGAUGAUCACGAGGUCUCCAACAACGGCUACCGCGACGGUUCCAGCGGCCUGAACAACACCGAGGACUCAUUCCUCAAGGAUGGGCAUGGCGUCAGUGUCGACCAGCGCAAGAUGAAUGCCGUGAGGGCGUACUUCGAGUGGAUGCCUAUCCGGUACGUCAUCCAGCCCUGGAACCGGGCUACGGCCCAAGUCGAUCUCGAAGACAACCUGCGCGUCUGGCGGACGUUCCAGAUGGGCAACCUGCUGGACCUUAUCGUCCUGGACACGCGCAAUUAUGAUCGCAGCAUUACUUCGCUGGACUGGAACGACGAUUACAUCGACCUGAUCCGCAACGACGCGUCGCGCACGCUCAUGGGAUCGCGCCAGGAGAACUGGUUCUACAACCAGUUGUCGAACUCGUCUAGCCGCGGUGCCGCGUGGCGCAUCAUCGGCAACCAGAUCAUCUUCUCGCGCAUCAUCGAGUCGUAUGGGUUGGGCGGUGAUAACUGGAGUGGCUACGUCGCGAACCGCAACCGCACGCUGAAGCACCUCUACGACAACGACAUCGGCAACAACGUCUUCCUCGCCGGCGACAGCCACCAGAACUGGGUAUCGGACCUGGUCUGGCUCGACGAGAAGGCCUACGACCCGGAGACGGGCGCGGGCUCCAUCGGCGUCGAGUUCGCGGGCACGGCCGUCAGCUCAGGCGGCGUUGAUGCGCCCAUCCUCGAGGCGCGCGCCGAGGCCGAGUACCGCGUCGGCAACAACACCGAGCUGCAAUGGCAAGACGGCUACUAUCGCGGCUACAUCCUGCUGUCGGUGGCGCCCGAGCGCGUCGAGGCGCGGUUCUACGGCUCGCCGAGCGUGGCCUCGCGGAAUCCGUGGGACCUGCCGCUGGCCAACUUCACGGUCGUCAGCGGGGAGAACAGGCUCGCGCGCCCGGUUGCGGGCGGCAGCGUCGAGGCUGGAUGUCUCAGGGGCGGCGAGACGAGGCCUACGAAUGUCACGCUGGAUACGGGGACGGGAGAAUGGGACGUUGUGGGCUUUGAGCAGAUGUAUAUUGAUCCUUGA